UCAAAUGUCAGGUGUGCCUGAAGCUCAGUUAUGAUCUUGACUGAAAAGCACAUCCUCGUGCACUGUUGGUGAAAUGCAACAACUCUAUAAUCACAUGCACCAGAGCUUCAAGGUUCUGGUCCGCACCUGAGGUACAGUUGAUUCUAAGGGAUGUUAUCACGGAGUCAUUCCAAUGAGCAAGAUGAAACAAAUGGGUCGAGCGAACUACAGCAAAGAAUGUCUAAGAAAAGAGACCUUGGGAAGAAGCGGACCCAGAGUCCUAAGGUCAAUCGGAGCAUACGCAAGAAGAUUCAGAAAUUCCUCCAGGGCUCAGGGGAAAACACUGCCUAUGACUCCAAGCACUCUCCUGUAGAGAUAGAGGAUGACAUGUUCAUCUGUGGCAUAAAGAGAGACCCCUGUACUCAUGAGUGUAUUCUAUCGACUCAGCGUAGUUUUGAAAGUCAUACUAAAACCUCCAAGAGUAAAUGUAUUGGGCAGGGGAGGCGUAAUAGUGAUGGCAAUAUUACAAUCCCAUGCAUCAUGGAAAUGAAUGGUCCUGCAUUGGAGCCCACAGACCAAGCAGAUUACAGUGGCUGUGUAGAUGGAAGAGGUGCCAUGGAUAAUAAACCAAGCCGAAUUAAGGACAGAGACAAGACAAGAGGAGGCGGCUCAAGCACCAUAGUGGAGCACAUUUUGAAGGAACUGCAGGGGAUCAAUAAAAUCCAAGAGGAGAUAUCAGAUUUGAGACAAUACCUGACAUCUGUAAGUGGCUCCGUAGAUGAGGUGUCCUGCUGUGUAGAUGCUGUGCUGCUGGAAAUUGAGGAGCUGUACUCCGUUGGUGCUGUAGGGCAUCCAUCACCUCGAAGAGUUGUGGCUCAUCAUAUGAGUCCAGAUGGGCAGAAUGCUGCUGCAGUCCCACAAAGUAGAAAUAAUAGCCCAGUGGUAAAGCAUAGAAAAUUGGAGAAGAAUGAAGUUAGAUCACUAGCAGCCAGACCUAACAUGUCAGGAUGGGAUAUGGAAACUGAUUAUCGAGAUAUACCUAGAAGAGCCAAGUUAAACAAUCCUAAGAUUUCUGACAACUUUAAUGCACCCUCUCCCAGAUUUAAGAAGUCCAGUUAUUGUCCAGUUUAUGGGCAAGAGUUUACAAGCACUAGUUCCUUAUCCUCGGGUCUCAGUUCUAACAGUCAUGAUCAAGAUGGAAGUUAUCAUUCUAGGGAGGUUGACCAACAUAACAGUGGUUGGAGACGUUCGGAAAUGCAGUUCAGCGUGAGUGGAGGAGGAUGGAGUGGAGACACUGGAUGGAGUGAGGAGGAUUACUGCUCCUGCCAGAACAGUGCAGACGAAUUGGAAACUGUUGGACACCCAGAUACAUGGCACAGGUACAAUGGUGGCGAGACCAGCAGCACACCGUGUCAUUCAUCACGAGGCAGCUCUGAACACCUAUCCCUACUGUUUGGAAACCAUAAUGACUCUGCAUCCAGUUCAUCCAGUGUUGUAGAUUGGAGGCAUCCUAAGAAUCAGACAGUCGGUGACAUUGGUUGUGACUGCACGUCAAAUUGCCUGUACUCCCGAAGUUCUGGAUACCACACCAUGGAUGCAUAUGCUGAUGAAUCAUGUAGUGGGCCAUCCCGAAGCCUUAGUUGUUCAACUGUUGGAAUGACAGACUAUGAUGACGGUUGCCAAAAUCUACACUCCUCUUGCGAGCAUUGCCUCUGUGAUAUGGAUUCGGAGAAAGAGUGGCCAGGCGCGGUUUGCCCAAGUGUGUCUGAGGAUCAAUAUGACCCAGAUUACUCUGAAAAUACAGACACUGAAGAGUCACAGCCACCUAAUCUAGGAUAUGAUGUGGUAAAGAUAAAUAAAGCCAUUAUAACCUUCCACUCUGCUCUAAAGGGAGCCUUGACAAAGCUUGACAUGCAUGAACCCCAGUGUCUAGAUGAAGACACCAAGUCUGUAGUCUCAAGUCCCUGCAAAUCCAAUGACCCUGAGGAGGAGAGUGCUGGUGAGUCAAAUGUAGACACUGUUGUACACUCUGAUGGUGCAACUUUAGAUCUCAGUGCAUCUCCUCAUGAGAGCAUCGAAGCCUCUUUCCAUGGGAAGGACUUGCUGGAAUUACUACACCGACGGCGUAAUUCCCAAGCCUUUGAUCCUCUAGUAUCUACUCCUAGCACGAUUUCCCCUUCACAUACUCCAACUGAAUACUAUGCAGUAGACCACUCAGAUACUGUAGAGGAAACUUUAACAGAUCAAAAACUUUCCAAUCUGCAGUGUAUUCCAGAGCUUAGCCCAAAACAUGUGGGUCUGAGUUCAGGAACUGUUGAGUGUUAUGAUCACCAAAUGGCAUUUGGCACCGGUAAUACUGAAAUAAGUCCAGAGGGCACUAAUUCAGGAACACUGGAGACAGAUGUUAAUGCAAAACAGGUGGAGCAUAGUCUUGACAAUGAACCUGCCCUUGAGGACCCCCACCACCAGAAGUGCCUUGCCAAUAUUGAACGUGUGCUCAAAGAGAAGAGACAUCGGCAUAGACUAUCCAGGAUUGCCAAUGCCUCAAAGAACACUUUCUCUGAAGAGGAAUUUAAACAAGAGGGAAGCAGGGAAGAUGAUCAGGGCAAAGAAAAAGGAGAUACUUCCAGAAAUGCUUGGGUUAAAGCUGGAAAUGGGAGUGGAAUAUUUGGAAUUGACAGUAUGCCAGACCUGCGGAAGAAGAAAGCUAUUCCUCUGGUUAGCGAUGUGUCUCUGGUCCAGGCCAGGAAGGCUGGCAUUGCAUCUGCGAUGGCUUCACGCUCCUCCAUAAAAGAUGAAGAACUGAAGAACCAUGUGUAUAAGAAAACGCUACAAGCUUUAAUCUAUCCCAUUUCCUGUACCACACCUCACAACUUUGAGGUGUGGACGGCCACUACGCCCACCUACUGUUACGAGUGUGAGGGGCUUCUUUGGGGCAUCGCAAGGCAGGGUAUGCGCUGCACUGAGUGCGGGGUCAAGUGUCACGAGAAGUGUCAGGAGCUACUGAACGCAGACUGCCUGCAGCGUGCGGCUGAAAAGAGCUCCAAACAUGGUGCAGAGGACCGCACUCAGAACAUCAUCAUGGCCAUGAAGGAUCGCAUGAAGAUCCGUGAGAGGAACAAGCCUGAGAUCUUUGAGGUCAUCCGAGACGUGUUUGUGGUCAGCAAGGCCAUCCACGCUCAGCAGAUGAAGACCAUCAAGCAGAGUGUCCUGGAUGGAACCUCUAAGUGGUCAGCCAAGAUCACCAUCACAGUUGUCUGUGCUCAAGGGCUGCAGGCUAAAGAUAAGACCGGCUCCAGUGACCCCUACGUGACCGUCCAGGUGGGUAAAACCAAAAAGAGGACCAAGACAAUCUACGGCAACCUCAAUCCUGUCUGGGAGGAGAAGUUUCAUUUUGAAUGCCACAACUCCUCCGAUCGCAUCAAAGUUCGUGUUUGGGAUGAAGAUGACGACAUAAAGUCGCGAGUGAAGCAGCGUCUGAAGAGGGAAUCUGAUGAUUUCUUGGGCCAAAGCAUCAUUGAGGUGCGCACGCUGAGUGGAGAAAUGGACGUCUGGUACAACCUGGAGAAAAGAACGGACAAGUCUGCUGUUUCUGGUGCCAUCCGUCUUCAGAUCAGCGUGGAAAUUAAGGGAGAAGAGAAAGUGGCCCCCUACCACGUCCAGUACACCUGUCUGCAUGAGAACCUCUUUCAUCACAUCACAGAUGUCCUCGGUCAGGGUGUGGUGAAGAUCCCAGAAGCCCGUGGCGAUGACGCCUGGAAGGUUUACUUUGACGAUGUGCCAGAAGAGAUAGUGGAUGAAUUUGCAAUGCGCUAUGGGAUUGAAUCCAUCUACCAAGCCAUGACGCACUUUGCAUGUCUCUCGUCUAAGUAUAUGUGUCCUGGUGUCCCUGCUGUGAUGAGCACCCUGCUGGCCAACAUCAACGCCUACUACGCCCACACCACUGCAUCCACCAAUGUCUCCGCCAGCGACAGAUUUUCCGCAUCCAACUUUGGGAAAGAGAGGUUUGUCAAGCUCUUGGAUCAGCUGCACAAUUCCCUGCGCAUUGACCUCUCAAUGUAUCGAAACAAUUUCCCUGCGAGCAGUAAGGAACGUUUACAGGACCUCAAAUCUACAGUGGACCUCCUGACCAGCAUCACCUUCUUCAGAAUGAAGGUACAGGAACUGCAAAGUCCCCCGAGAGCCAGUCAGGUUGUACGAGACUGUGUCAAAGCCUGCCUCAACUCCACGUACGACUACAUCUUCAACAACUGUCAAGAGCUGUACAGUCGCCAAUAUCCUCAAAUUGGAGACACGCAUAAGGAGGAGUGCACUGCAGAAGAUCAGGGCCCGAGCAUCAAGAACUUAGACUUCUGGCCCAAACUCAUCACCCUCAUUGUGUCCAUCACUGAGGAGGACCGUAACUCUUACACCCCUGUCCUAAACCAGUUUCCUCAGGAACUGAACGUUGGGAAGUUGAGUGCAGAGGUCAUGUGGAAUCAGUUCUCUCAGGAUAUGAAAUACGCCAUGGAAGAACAUGAGAAACACCGACUAUGUAAGAGCGCAGACUACAUGAACCUGCACUUCAAGGUCAAAUGGCUGUAUAACGAAUAUGUGAAGGAUUUACCAGCCUUCAAGGGAGUUGUGCCCGAAUACCCCACGUGGUUCCAGCAGUUUGUGCUGCAGUGGCUGGAUGAGAACGAGGAUGUGUCCAUGGAGUUCAUGCAUGGAGCCCUGGAGAGAGAUAAAAAAGAUGGAUUCCAGCAGACGUCUGAGCAUGCUCUCUUCUCCUGUUCGGUGGUGGACGUCUUCACCCAGCUCAACCAGAGCUUUGAGAUCAUCAAGAAACUGGAGUGUCCCGACCCCAAAGUCAUGGCCCUCUACAGCCGGCGUUUCGCCAAGACCAUUGACAAAGUCCUCCUGCAGUACAGUGCCAUUUUGAAGAAGAGCUUCCCGUCCUAUUGUGAUAAGGAGAAGAUUCCGUGCGUCUUGAUGAAUAAUGUCCAGCAGUUGCGUGUCCAGCUUGAGAAGAUGUUUGAAUCUAUGGGUGCCAAACAGCUGGAAGAGAGUGAGGAUGAGGAGGACGAGUUACAGGAGAUGGAGAUCUCAGAGGACAAGCCUGAGAAAGCUGACAGGAAGCAGAAGGUGGUGUACAGCAGUAAACAGCUGGAUACCGAGGCCAGUGACAUCCUGAAUGAUCUACAGGUCAAGCUGAACAACGUCCUGGACGAGCUGAGCAGCACAUUUGGAAACACUUUCCAGAGCCGUAUUGAUGACUGUAUGCGUCAGAUGUCCAGUCUGCUGUACCAGAUCAAAGGUCCCGUCAACGCCAACACCCGUAACCAGGUGGAGGCCGACUCUGAUAACAUGCUGCGGCCACUGAUGGACUUCCUGGAUGCAAAUUUGAUGCUGUUUGCCUCGGUGUGUGAGAAAACUGUGCUGAAGAGAGUGCUGAAGGAGCUGUGGAGGAUCGUGAUGAACAGUCUUGAGAAGACCAUCAUCCUUCCUCAGGGCAAUGACACCUUUGGAAUGAUAUUUUCAGCGGCUAAAGAACUGGGUCAGCUCUCCAAACUCAAGGAUCACAUGUCUGGUGACGCAAAAAGCCUGACGCCCAAGCAGUGCGCAGUCAUGGACGUGGCCCUCGAUACCAUAAAGCAAUACUUCCAUGCUGGAGGAAAUGGAUUGAAGAAGGCCUUUCUGGAAAAGAGUCCUGAACUGUCCUCACUGAGACAUGCACUGUCCCUCUAUACCCAGACCACUGACACACUCAUCAAGACCUUUGUUACUUCUCAGCAUGCUCAAGUGCAUAAUGGGAAGGGUAUGAGGAUAACACCUAGUGAGAAAAUGGAGCCCUCCAGGGGCUCAGGAGUUGAUAAACCAGUAGGGGAAGUAUCCAUACAGAUCGACCUCUUUACUCACCCGGGCACAGGAGAGCAUAAAGUUACAGUUAAAGUUGUGGCUGCAAACGAUCUGAAGUGGCAGACGUCUGGGAUGUUCCGGCCGUUUGUGGAGGUCACCAUGAUCGGCCCUCAUCUCAGCGACAAAAAGCGCAGGUUCACCACCAAAUCAAAGAACAACAGCUGGGCACCCAAAUUCAACGAGACCUUCCAUUUUAUUCUUGGGAACGAGGAUGGGCCGGAGUGUUAUGAGCUGCAGGUGUGUGUGAAGGACUACUGCUUCGGCCGUGCGGACCGCGUGGUUGGUAUCGCCGUCAUACAGUUGCGUGAUGUCGCACCGAGAGCCAGCUGCGCAUGCUGGUGUCCGCUGGGUCCACGGGUACACAUCGAUGACACGGGCCUCACCGUCAUGCGCAUCCUCUCCCAGCGCUCGGGUGACGAGGUGGCCAAAGAGUUCGUGAAACUCAAGUCCGAGACCCGCUCGGCCGAGGAGGGGAGGUGAGGACGUUCUUUGACAGCCGAAGAGAAUCUGAGAAUCUUUUAGUUGUUGACGGAUAAACAAAGGCUGGAUUUCAACACUGUCACCUUUCUGUGUCCACAUUUUUGCUGCCCACUGACACACACUUGUGUACCACAGAGAAGGGCUUUCAGCGGCCAUGUGACAUUUUAUAAAGGGCACUGGUAGUCUAAAAGUGAAUGGGGAGUCAUCCUGAUAAAAAGACUUUUUUUUUUUUUCCCAUGUUGAUAUACAAUGAGAAACACACUCACACACCAAGCGACUGACAAACUAGCAAAGGACUAGUCAGGGUAGAUGACAUAUUUGAUGAAAAACGAGAUU